ACCGGAAGGAAGCGCGGGCCAACGGAUCCGUCCGCCCGGCCGGCCGGCCAUGCUCCUGCGGCCGCUGCGCAGCUGGGCCUCCCGGGCGCUGCGCCGGGAGGGGCCCGGGAGCCCCGCCUGGAGUCCGGGGCUGCGGGGGGCGCAGCGCCGGGCCUGGCCUCGGGAUAAAGAAAAUGAGAAAGAGAAAAAGACCGUGAUCUGUGUUGAGGGCAAUAUAGCCAGCGGGAAGACGACGUGCCUGGAGUUCUUCGCCAACACAACAGACAUCGAGGUUCGGCCUCCCCAGCAGGUGAUUCCGGAGCCUGUGCACAAGUGGAGAAAUGUCCGUGGCCACAAUCCUCUGGGUCUGAUGUACCGUGAUGCCUGUCGAUGGGGCCUCACGCUGCAGACAUACGUGCAGCUCACCAUGCUGGACCAGCGCACUUGUCCGCAGACGUCACCUGUACGGUUAAUGGAGCGGUCGAUUCACAGCGCAAGAUACAUUUUUGUAGAAAACCUGUAUAGAAGCGGGAAGAUGCCCGAAGUGGACUACGUGAUUUUGUCGGAAUGGUAUGACUGGAUCGUGAGGAACAUCGAUGUGUCCGUGGAUUUGAUAGUGUAUCUCCGGACCACUCCCGAGACCUGCUAUCAGAGGUUAAAGAUGAGAUGCAGGGACGAGGAGAAGGUCAUCCCACUGGAAUACCUGGAUGCUAUUCACCACCUCUACGAGGAAUGGCUCACCAAAGGGGGCCUUUUCCCCAUAGUGGCCCCUGUUCUGGUGAUUGAGGCUGACCACGACAUGCCGAAAAUGUUAGAACUCUUUGAACAAAACCGGGACCGGAUAUUGACUCCAGGGAAUCGGACACAUGGUCCAUAGGACAGGAAAGAUCGUGCCAGGAAAAUGCCCGCGGCUGCCAAGUGAGCCCUUGGGAGCGUUGUGGAAAACCUCCUCUUGGGAGGGCUUUGAAUCUGGCCAGAUUUGUUUUCUAAUGGUCUUUCUCCUUUGCUGGUGUCUUUAUCCUGGUUUCUGGCCCUAGGGGGUAAGUGUGAAUGGGGCCACUGGGUUUGUCAUGCCCUUCAGUGUGCGCAGCCUUGCUGGGCCCCUCUAAUGAAGCCCUGAGGAAGGGCUGGCUGACAUCAUGCUGGGCUCCUGGUCUCACCCCUCAGGCCACACAGGAGGGUGAGAGUGGGCUUACAUCCCAGAAGUUGAAGCUCAGAGAGGCUAAGGGACUCCCCAAGGUCACACAGCCAGGGAGUCGGCAUCAUCCAGCCUUCUGGCAAUUCCAAAAAUGUUCCCCUGCCCCAGGCCAGUGCCUGGGGCAAAGGUCAUCAUUUGUUUAUGAUUUUAGCAGCUGUCAGGACAAUCAGCAUUUCUAGACAUUCACAAAAUUGUGCCGUGUUUGGCCCAAGGCCAGCGUUCAUUGGUUUCUCAGCACAGGCCACUGUGGCAUUUAUACCUGGGCACCUGGGCUUCCAUCCGUGGGAGGAUUCUUCGUUGGCUCUGAAUGGUGGUUGGUCUCCUGCUGAUGAAGGUCUUGCUGCCGUUCCCUCUCAGGGAAGUGGCCUGUGGCCCCUGGCUGGUCUGCCCAGCGCUGAGCAGGCAAGGGGCCUCCAGCCCUGGCUUUCGAGCUCUCUUACCCCAUAGUGGCCUUGUAUGCGACUGAGAGUUUGUUCCCGGGAAAGGGGGUUGUGGGGGGAGACAUGCAAGGGGCCUUAAGUCUUCCGAUCCAAGGGGACACCUUCAACCAUAAAGCAUGAACCAUCUCUAUUGGUUCAGAAAAGAUCUUAGCUUCGCGCCUCAAGAGCAGUGGUUGCAAACACAGGGAGGGGCCGUUGUGAACUCUGGGGAGGCAGGCCUGGACCCCUCUCUCCCUGAGAAGCGGUUGGUGGAAAUGAAGGUUGGGAGGCCUUGUUCCAGCCUCUGUGGGUGUGGCACCCGGCACCAAAUAGGUGGCAGGUGCUCCCAGUCCCAGAGGGAGGCGAAGGGGCAAGCACGCUGGCUUCAGCCCUUCCUGUCUGGACUGCUUCUUGGGCUGUGUGGGCGGGAGGAGGGGCAGCAACCCGAAUGAUUGACUGGGAACCUGGAGGAGGCGGAGCCCCUGCUGCCAGGACCCUUCACCUGCGGGGCCAUCUCUGAGAAUUUGUAUGUGAUCGGGCCACUGUUUUUCCCAUGGCUCAGUCUGAGCAUCUGUCCUGGGGGAAAUGUGAUUUUUUUUUAAAAAAAAAUCUCGCUUUGCAACAGCCAAUAAAUCCUGCACCUAAAAGCUGA